UAUUAAAUGAAAAAAAUCAAUUAAAAAUAUUUUUUCAAUUCCCUGCAUAAAUCUUUUACUUUUUUAACGAAAUUUGAAACGUGUACCGCUUAACGUUGUUGUCGCACAAUAAACGGAAAGAUGUCCUUUUGUAUUUGUUCGGGCAUGUGUAUGUGUGUUUGCGUGCGCGAAUCUUUGAAAUGUCAACUUUAUUUACUAUGUCACGUGCAGAGAGAAAUGUUGUAAAUAUAGAAAUCUUUUAAUAAGCAAAGCAGGCGAAAACAAGUGUUUCGUGAAUUUUUAAUGUCGGCUGCUGUUACCAUAAUGUUGUGUUAGCAUACGUGCGAGAAGAACAGCUUCCUCUUCACAAAAUGACUGACAAAUUUGUAAAUUUACAAUUUUUGUUAUGUUGAGAGUGUUCUAUCAAGAAAUUGAAGUGUUAAACGUGUGUCUUAUUAAAAAAAAAUAAAGAAAAAAAGAAAAAAGAAAGAAAAGAAAAUCAAUGAAAUAUAUAUUAAAAGCCACACACAAUGGCAUAUCGUUAUUAAAAUUUAAAACAUUGCUUCAACAAAUAGAUUGGCCACGAUAAUGGCCUCGCGAAUGUUACUUAUUUCAUUUUGUUUUAUAAAGUUCUGAGAAAAUUAACAUUAUUUAGCUAUUUUUCCAUACAUUUCCUGUCUUCUUUUCGUUUUUCGUUUUUUUUUUUUUUUUUGUUGUUAUUGUUAUUGUUUUCAACUCGCAUUUAAAUCGUUAUGAGUGAACGCGGUGUUGUGAGCGCGGGUGCGGGCCGUUACGCUCGUGUCAGUCCCAUACCUGGCCGGGGUAGUAAAAUUGCAUAUUCACCUUGCCCGCUAAACGAUAGCCAGGACAUGGAAUUGGCGGGAAAUUGUUUAGCUAUACCGAUGUCUUCCAUAAACACAAACAAUUCAACAAACAACAACAACAACGUAAACAAAAUGAAUAAAAAAGAAAGGUGCAGUGGCUUCACUACACUACCCAUAACGCAUGAACUGGAUGCACCGCAGCCUCUAGUCGAUCGCAAGCCGUCCGUGUCGCUUUUAAGAUGGAACAACUACAAUUACAACGGCAACAAUAACAACAACAACAUUAGAGUACAAAAUGAAUUUAAUCCAUUGCUAGAGACUAUCGAUGAGAACGUCUCACCGGCAACCUAUGGUUAUCCUAUUACAGGGUUGAAUGCGGCCAUCGCCUGGCAAGCUAACUUUGGUGGAGCAGUUGUUCCCGGUUCGAGUGCGGCUAGAACUGAGCCAAUAUCACUGGCAGCAUUAGAUCGUGAUUGCUUCAUAAUACCCGUACAUAGUGUUGAUCGUUUUCUACCAGCUGGCAUACCGCUACCGCCUACACCGGUGGAUGGAAGUAGCGGUACUAAAGCGUCGAGUCCUUUAAGUGUUUUAGAAGUAUCCGAUCCGAAAAUGUGCAUUUUAGUGCAUUUAAUGAGUCCAUUAGAACCAAUAGAUCCGGUUUUAGAGUCGCCUUUAGCUCAUCCCUUACUCAAGCAACGAACCGUAGCUUCUGAAUUAGUAUCAGAAGUACAGCAGGCCAAUACCGCUAUGGGUGGAAUGCUAUUAGCGAAUAUGGAGAAAAGUUCGGAAUUUCCUUUUAUUGCUUAUUAUGCCAUAAAUACGACACAAACGGAUCCUUCCUCCUUCUAUUCGGGUAUACGUGUCUCAUCAUUGUCAAAAUUUGAGCCAAAAAAUUUAAAAUACACUGCCGCUCAUACAUUGGAUUUGUAUAGCGAGGUGGCGGCCAUAUGCAGACCACCAUUAGUAUUGGGACCCAGUGAUGUUGGCGGUUUUAAAAAAACUCAAACACCAGCUACCGGCUAUAUAAUCUCGGUGUUUAAGGUUUUCGAAGGUGAUGAUGGUGAACGUUUCGAAAAGAAUUGGUUAUAUUGGACUGGAGCCAGAAUGUUAUACAGAUAUUUACCACGUACUGCCGGUUUACGACGCAUUGCACUGCACAAAAGUACUUCAUCGAAGGGUGAUAAAAUGUAUUUAUUAGUUUGUGAAUGUUCUGAAUUAUUAAAGGAUAUAACAGCAGCUGCCUUUUUAAUACCCGCCUUAAGGGCGCGCUUAUGUGGUUAUACAGGACUCUAUCGACCCAUACAGGCAUUUUAAUUAAUUGAAAAUUUGAAAAAAAAAAAAACAAAAAAAAAAAAAAAUUUUUUUUU